CCGAGCGUUAGGCGCCCUCGUCAUGUUUGCGCUCUCUGCGCGGCAGCCCGUCAGAGGAAUCGCUAUAGUAAACCCCUCGCGGAUUAGAUGAACGUUAGUGUGCAAGUGCGACGAUCCGUUCUUUCGGAUCCAUCCUUUCAAGGAUGCUAAGCGAUCUCUCCAAGCUCAAGAAGAGAGACCUUGAGGAUGCGUCUAUCGUAGUGCUCGACACUACGCGAAAUGUAAAGUAUCGAGAGAGAUGUCGGUAAAAAUGUAUAGUAUCAAUUCUCUACAUUAUAGUUCCUUUAUCACGAAUCAUAUCGAACGAUAGUCGACAUCGGUUCAUUCUUAUAGUAGAGUGAGCUAGAAACGAGUAUCACGGUUUAGAAACGUGUUCAUUUCCCACAAUAUUUCGACUAAUGGAUGAUAUUGUUGUCCGCGCGAUUCCGCGCCAAUUGCCGAUAUAGUAUACAAUGAUGCAUUCAUGGCAAUGCCACCGCAGUGAUAGUGUAAGGUGAUACAUAGUGCUCUCAUGCGACCAUUACAUUUUUCGGAUGUUCUACCGCACAUGUUAAGUGGGCGUGCGGGGGUGACUGGAGUGAUGGGAUGGGGCCAGAGCCCCAUGGAGUUCGGGUAGACCCGUCUCCGGCCCAGCUCCCCAGCCCCCUCCGCCAUCGAUAUCGACACCGCUCCUGCCAGCGACGCAGAGGGCCACCUCGCGCCCGAUCGCGAUGGAGGCCUCUAGCAAUCAACAACAGAAAGAGAAGGAGCCACGCAUUCACAGGCCUUACGCCUUCGACAAGAUGGAGGGGCUGGUGCGGGAGAUGCAAGACCCUGAGAGCGGGGUACCCGUGCGCAGCCAAAAACAAUUUCUCACCUCAAUCCCUUCAGCGUUCAUGGGUGAGUGCCAUCGGUACCUGCGUUGUGGAGUAAGCGUAAGCGGCCAUCACGGCCAGGACACUACAGUAGGCUGCCUGCGUGUUGCAGGUUACGACCUCAUCGAGUGGCUGAUGGAGCGGCUUGCCAUCGAAGAAUCAGUAGAGGCGGUCCAUAUUGCUAAUCAACUAUGCCAGUACGGCUACUUCUUCCCAGUGAAUGACUCCAAGACACUCACUGUAAAGGACGAUAGCUCUCUGUAUAGAUUUCAGACACCCUAUUAUUGGCCGUGGCAACACAGAACCCCUGACAAUGUCGAGUACGCGAUCUAUCUGGCUAAACGAACCCUGAAGAACAAACAACGUCACGCUCUCGAGGACUAUGAGAUCGAAGCUUUGAACAGCCUGCGCAAGAACUUGCAGAACAAAUGGGACAUAAUACAACUACAGGCAGAAGAGCAGGCUCAGGUACGCCUAUCCAAGGAGCGCAAGAAGGGGGACAAGAUAGUGAGCGACUCGCAGGAACGAGCAUUUUGGAGGGUAUAUCGGCCGCCGCCCGGUUGUCUCAGUAGCCUGGAAGUCGUGCCUGUACCUACUCGCUUUCGUCCCGGACUUCCACGACCACCGUCACGCAAACGCACCCUCACCGAUUUGCAACGUGAGGUGGACCUUUUACGAAACAGUUUGACACGCACGAGGAUAAAGGUUUCGACUGCGAUCGAAAAUUUGAAAUCAUACUUCAACACGUACGUGGAAUACGAUCCGAUGUUCGUACAGCCGCAACCUUCGAAUCCAUGGAUCUCCGACGAUCAUACGUUUUGGCAACUGAAUAGCCCUUUAGUGGAAGUUCCUACGGAGAAGCGUGUUAAGCGAUGGGCACUGUCGAUGGAAGAACUUAUGUCUGAUCCUACAGGUUUACAAGAAUUUACAAGUUAUUUAAGAAAGGAGUACAGCCACGAAAAUAUAAGAUUUUGGCUGGCGGUCAAAGAUCUUAGGCAUAGUUUUCAAGCACAAAUACCUGACAAAGUCAACGAAAUUUUUAGAGAAUUCUUGGCGCCUGGAGCUCCCUGUGAAAUCAACAUAGACGGAAAAACGAUGGAGAAGGUUCAUCAGGAGAUGAAAACUCCAAGCAGAUUUACAUUUGAUUCCGCCGCGGAGCAUGUAUAUACGUUACUCCUCAAGAAGGAUUGCUAUCCUAGAUUUAUUCGUUCCGAUCAAUAUCGUAAUCUCUUAGCCGCUGGCGUGCAACCUCUACAAAAGAAGAGAUUUUUCGGCUUCGGCGGCCAAGCCAAAAAGAAAGUUUCCUCCACUUCGACACCGACGUCUAGCACUUUGCAGCACGCUAGUAUAGGUAGCAGCGGCGGCAGCGGCGGUGGCGGCGGCGGUAGACGAAGAGGAAGCGACCGGAGCCUAUCCGGAAGUGCUCACGAGCUAACCGUCUGCGGUGUCCGCGACGUAUCCUCCGCGCCGCGAGUUCCGCACUCACACAGCCAAUCGAAUCUCACCGACAUCCCAUACAGGGAUGCUGGCGCGACGGAAGUAGCGGUUCGCCCUAUGGACGACGUAUGCCCGUGGGAGUCCGUGCCAGGCCCGAGUACCGAGCACGGUGCGGCGGAUGCCGCUCCCUCUGGAGCGACAGCGUCAGCUGAUCAGGCCCGACACGUGUGGGACAGCGGCGGUCACGCGACAAUUCAUACCGCCGAGACAGCGCGCGUCUCUCGCAAAAACUCGGCGCAGCUGGACUCGUGCAGCUCGUCGUCGGACGUCAGCCUCGCCAUCGCGGAGGUCUCCGAACGGCUGCGCAAGUCGUGCAGCUUGCAACAUAGCGGUAGCAUAGGUACAGCGACUUCGGGCCCCGGCACGAUAACGCGAAACUAUUCCACCUGUUCGGCGAGCGGCCGUAUCAGGCUAUCGGACAUGAAUCGCGCGUCCGUGUCGUCCUGCAACUAUCCGUCGCCCCAGCAAUCAUUCGAGUACUCCCACGUCGAGAAAGUGGAAGAGAGAUCGUCUCUCGAAAAAAUCGUGCCCGAGGAGGAGACAUCCGUGGAAUCCGUCAUCAUUAAAGAAAUCCAGCCGAGUCCCAAAACAAUCGCUAAGGCGCCUCUAAUCAGCAUCAGCGCGAUCGUGGGCGAUUUACCGAGCGACAACUCCACGAUGGAGAACAUCGACGAAGACGCGAGCGAGAGCUGCACGGCGAGGGACGCGGGGGAGAUCGUCGUCGAGGACAGAACGAGGGGCGAAAUCGACUCGCGGGCCGACACCGGGGCGGACGUGUCACCGGUGGCCGAGGAGGAACCGGUGACGACCGAGGAGCCGCCGGACGAGGCGCAGGUCGUACCUGUCUGGGAACCGGACGCCCAACAGGAAGACCGACCGGCGACGGGGCAGGCGGCACCUCGGGAGAAGCGUGACAAUAAUGUUAACGAAGUAUGCCCGUGGGAGGACGAGGAAAACUGUAGAGUGGAUGCGCCCUAUGUAAAAACCUAUGCGACUUUAGGUUACCUGUAAUUUUUCUGUCGUGUUGAUAUUUAAAAAAAAAAGUAUCUUUGCAUUUUACAUUUACAACAGUCACACAAAUUCGAUUUCGAUUUUCACUUUGAUCCACUUUACCAAGCUCGCGUGUUCAGACCAUUAUACCCGGCGAAGCUUCGAUCACUACGUUAUUUAAACGACAUUUUUAAUUGGAAUAAAGCUUGCAAAAAGGGUUGAAGAAUCUAAUCAAAGCUACGGAUAAAUCCACGAUAUCGCGUCGGAAAUGACAAUGUCUGAGCGCAAAAUAAAGGAUCGCGAGCAAUUUGCUCGAUAGAAUCGAUAUUUCGACGUAAAAAUAUACGUCGGCAUCUAGUCGCUAACUUUGCAUCGAGUCGCUAUUAAUAUUUACACGUAUGGCCUAACGAUCCGUGAUUUAACGAUCCGAUUUGUUUGCUCGGAGUAACGAGGAUUCAAAAACGUAUGGAUCCAUUUAGAUCUCUUUCUGACUUGUAUCACUAUUUACCAUCCUUAGUAUACGCGAGCCAUAUUAGGGAAUACGCAAAAAUGAUUUGUGAAAACGUUAAAGAGACGGGCGCUGUUGUUUAUAGAGAUAUUAGAGCGUAGUCUCUAACGUUGUUCGUAAGUUACUGUAGUUUAACGUAGACCGGAGACCUAGUAGAGGAUAUCUCGCGUGAGAUACAAGUAGAUAGAUACGUGGUAGAUCGUUUCACACUCUCUGUGUUGAGUAAACGUUCAAUGGCAACGUUGCCGACAGGGAUAAUUAAAUUAAUGAGUAAAUUCGUGCGCGCGAAUUGGGAAUUCGUUAUUUUCUUUUCGAUCCAGUAUCUCGCGCAAACGCACGCUCGUAGGGUGCUAGUCAAAUCUGAGCCCUUUGGCCGCUCUCCAUGGUCGUGCUUUUCCCGGAUACUUCACUUCUUCGCGAAUCACGCGUUCGCGAAACGUUACGUUUCGAUAUAUAUCCCGUUAUAAGUUACAAUAAAAACCAGGAAUUUGAUUAACGAAGAUAUCGUAUCAAAGAUAUCGCGGUAUAUAUACAUGCAUUAUUUAAAUAAAAAAUAAAAAAUAUAAAAAAUAUAUUUUAAAUUAAAUUAAAAAUUUAAUUUAAUUUAAUCAGAAAAAAAAAAUUUUAUUUAAAAAAAUUUUUUUUUACCGAUAUUGCAUCCCAAUACGUGACGCGCAAUCAUAAUUUAAGCGCAUCAAUGUGCAAAUUUUUUUCGUCUUACUUAUUAUUAGAAUAAUCGCUUAGAGUUUAGCGUGUCUUACAUUAUGUCUUACGAGCGUUCGAUAUUAACUAUUGACAAAUUAUCGUGACCUGAUAUAUUGUAAGUGUCUAAUUAUAAAUAUUUCGUGUUAUAGUACACGCGCCGCUUUGUCGUAAUCGUUUUGUCGAAUUAAUUAACUAAUAAUCGACGGCGGUUACCUUACACUCGUUGAUCUUCGCUUGAGCGAAUCGCGUUCGCGAAUUAUUAUGACAGAAAAUAUAUAAAAGAAUAAAAAAUAUGUGCAAAUUCAAAAUAGCGUAUUAAAGUAUUAAUAUAUGUUAAAUUAUUGGAAUGUCCGUUUUGCUGUCGAAUCUUCGGUCCUGUUACUGCCCCAGGAACUAUGAUUCGACGAAUCGAAAGCGAGAGGCUAUUUAAAAAUUGCAUAAAUUGUGCUCUUAACUGUAUUAACCUCGAUGUUUUUUCGUGUCUAGUUUUAAAUUUAGAAUGAAAUAAUUAUUACACUAAUUACUGACAACACGCGUUUGUCUCACGUUCAAUCGCGAACUUCAUGACGAUUCAGACAGCUGAUUGCUCGUUUUCUUCAAUGGGAAAAAUCGAUAAUUUAGCUAAUGGAAACGAAGAGUGAUCGCCUAAUUAUGCCGCGUUUUACAAAAAGAGGUGGUAGAAAGUAGAGCGAUGGAUUUUAAUAUGCUUGCUAAGUUUUUACCGAAUAUUUUAGAUUUUACUUUAUUUCAACAAGUAUAAGUUUCUCGAUUAUCGAAUAUUUGCAUUUUUUUCUACGCACAAUAGCUUUGCUUGCAUGCAAAAGCAAAGUACACUCGAUUUUGAACAAUUAUUUAAGCGAAACAAGCCGUGUAUGUGACUGGUCUGAACACGCGAGCGUAAUCAUAAGAAUUCUAAAAGUAUUCACGACGAUCGUACUGUUAAUUCAGCAGCUCAACUUAAGUAUCGUAACGUUCUUAUGAUAGGUUAGCCGAUAAUAAGAUUUAGAGUAACACGUCCCGCGCGAUUGAUAAAGGGAAAUGAAAAUGAUAUACUACCGUACGAUUUCGUUCGCAAUCAUAGCGAAUCACGGUGAAUCACCGAGCUAUUUGUUUCGAAAAUUCACCCGCGUAAUUUUCUUGUACGAGUCGAUGAAAAAUCGCACUAUGGUCAAAUCCGUGAGAGGAUUCACGCAGAGGACUCGGGGGAAAAAACUCGGAUGUGUGCUGGAGAAAAAAAACGCGAAUUCUAAGCAGUGGACGAGCCACGGAGCAAAUCAAAAGAAAAAAAAUAUUACUCGCCUAAGGACGCUAUUCUGUGUAAAUAAUUUCCGAUAUCAUCGCGUAUGUCGCACUUUCUCGUCGCGCGUCUUGGAAGAUAUGUUUAUCGCAAACCAAAGAUCUUGUCGUACAACGCGGAGGCGCGCACAAGUUUCACAAGGUAUCCUUUUAAUGUUCUAUCUGGUUAGAAUCGCGAGCUGAAAAAUUUUCUUAAUAAUCGUGGCAAAAUAAAUGAUGUAUUUUUUUUAAAUUAAUUACGUUAAUAAUUAUGUUAGUUAAAUGCAAUUUGUGAUCAAAUCACGAUCUCGAUUGACAUUCGUUGUGAAAGUGUCGAUGAUCGUUUAACAAAAUUCAAAUCAGAAAAUGCUGGACCGUUGCAAUCUUGAGCGCGUAUCCCUCACAUAUCGCAUUUUGUAACUUAAAACCGUGACGCCUGAUGUACAUCGAUCACACUUUUGGCAUGCCAUUAUCAGAAACUGCAGGUUUAGCUCGAAAAGUUACGUCGAGAGAGAUUAAUAAUGUUUAAUAUAAAAGGCACUCAAACAUUGAUAACAAUCCCUUUGCUAUUCCAAUGUUGCGAUUAAGUCUUCAGCGUUAGUAAAGGACGUUACGAUUAUUUCGAGCAUGAUUAAUCUGGCAGAGAGAGAUGGCACUUAUAUAAUAUAACGAACGAAAUGUGAUUAGCGCUCGCAUAAAUAGUAUACGUAGGCAAAAUGAUAGUUAUGAUUAAAGUCCAGAGUAUCUUUCUAAAAUAUAUAAUGUAUACUGCUAAAAUAUUAUUAUGUAAUGAGAGAAAUUAACUUGCAUAAAUUAUUCGUGUUUUGCAAGUUGCACUUUUUUAAAAAGUCUGUAAGAUCCGGUGCCACGAUACACAUAUAUUGUUACAUUGCUUUAUGUAAAAUUUCAAAGCGUUUUGGUUUAUAGAAUGUUUUCACAGAACUGUACAUACAUUGUUAAAAUAGUAUUUAUAUAUAUUUUCGUCAUACAUUUAUGGAUUAUAUUUUUAUCUAGAUAUAACUUGUAAGUAACAUUUUUGUAAUAAACGCGAUAAUAUUUUUAUUGCAUUUAUUACAAAAAAGUUGAAAAAAAAAAUUGUCGCAAAAUAAUUUUUAUUUACAAUCACAAAAAAAAAAAUAUAAUUAUUGUUAUUAUUUAGAAAAAAACAUGUAUUAUGUAAAUUAAAUGAGUUAAAUAUCGCGUUGCGAUUUUUUUUCUCUAAAUUGAUAAAAAACAAAUAUACAGAAUAUUUUUAUUUUUGAAAAAGCUCUAAGCGUGGAUCUGUCAGAUCUAACCAAAAUUUACGGAACAUUUACAUAACAAUAUGCACGAUUAAAAACCAGCGCACCAUCGCUUUUACGCUGGAUUAACAUUUAAUUAUUCGAUUUGCCAUGAAUCACUGUAAUUAGUCGAGUGCGAUAUUAUUUUGCGCCAAAUUGCGAAGAAUUCGCAUACGUGAAGCAAUUGUUCAAGUGUGUAUUUUCACACAAGCAGCCUAAAGAUGUAAAUGCCAUCGAUAAGCGAGUGAAAAAUUUUUGUGUAUGAAUCUAUGUACUAGAUUUAAGAUCCCCAGGCAUCCUAGAAAUUAAUUACCUACGUAUGUAAGAGUUCCCUAAUUCAUUCUCAAAAUUCGAAACUUCGAGAAUUUGAGAUCUACCUUUUAGUAUGAAUCCAUUGAUUCAAUCGCUUGAUUUUAAAGAUCGAAUUCUCUUAAAAAUGUGCAAAGAUCUAAGAUGUGUCAAUAUAUCGAUCGAUGAGACGAUCUAACAAUCCGGGAUUUUUAUUCCAAUUAUUUUUUGCAUCUCUUUUUAAUUUAAUUUCUUUAAAUUUUGAUUUAAAUAUGUGAUUAAAGGCGAAUUCUUUGUGAUAUUUUAUUAAGCGCGCAUAAAAAUUUGACAGAAAUUCACACACACAUCAUUUACUGUUAUCUUUUUUUUUUCAAAAUUAAAUUUUGCACAAAACGCGCAUAUAAUAUGACGCGCGUAUUUACAAAAAGCCUAAAAUGAAAAUGCUAGUGACAAUAGUAUAUGUUGCGUCGUUAAACUUGCGACAAAGAAAUGAAAACGAAUUACAUAGAUCCAAAAUCAUUUCCGAAAUUUAUGCUCCUCUCCCUCUCUUUCUUGUUCCUUAAUUAACUUGUCGCGUUGGAACCGAAUCGAUGUCGUUUCGAUUAAUUCCAUUUUAUUAUCAAUUACUCUCAUGAUCAGUUUUAAAUAAAUCUGAUCGUGAAUUGUGAUUUAUUUGUAUUAAUCUUAAUUCUGUAUAUCUCUCGUAACGUUAUUUGACACUAAGUAGAUAAUAACUACAAAAUAUGUGCUUUAGAAAACAAAAUGUCAUGUUUAAAUUGCACUGCCAAUCAAGCGAUAGUCAAAUCAGAACUGUAUUUUUAAUUAUUUAAUAAACGCGACAACACACACACACACACAUACACACACAUAGCGGUGUGAUGCGUAUGUUAGAUCGCUAUCACAAAACGCAACAACAUCGAAUCGUCGAGGAUAGAGUGAAUGAACGCAGAUAUAAUGAUUGAGAUC